CUCCUUCUCCCAUCCUCCUCCUCCCUCUCUUCAAGAUCCAGUGCAUCAAAAACUUCAAUUCCAUCUUCUCUUUUCAAUUGGUAUCUAGGGCACGAAGCUACCCUGCUCCUUCCCUCGCUCCACCUCCCGUCAAGUCUCUUUCAGCUUUAGGCAAAUAAACAACCCGACACUUUUCAUCCUUCAACAUCUCAACCUUCAAGAUGUCUGACGUCGACGCACUUGCUGACUCCGUGGCUGCGACCACUAUGACCGAUAAGACCGAAACCAACGGUGCUACCCCUUCCACCCAGGCUGCCGAUGCCGCGGCUGCCAGUGCAGAUGAGGGUCGUCGUCUUUACAUCGGGAACCUCGCAUAUGCGACCACUGAGGAGGAGCUCAAGGAGUUCUUCAAGACCUACACCAUCGAGACCACCUCGAUCCCGGUGAACCCCCGCACCAACCGCCCGGUUGGCUAUGCAUUUGUGGAUAUUGCUACUGCCGCUGAAGCUUCUGCCGCUAUCGAGGCCCUCUCUGGCAAGGAGAUUCUUCAGCGCAAGGUGUCUGUGCAGCUUGCCCGCAAACCCGAGCCUGCCGAGGCCAAGGAAGGUGCUGCCAGUGGCGGUGAGGGUGCCAGCGGUGCUGAGGGUCGCAAGCGUGCUGGUGGUCGCGGCCGUGGCCGUGGCCGUGCCCGCGGUCGUGGUGGCCGUACCGGCCGGAGCCGUGCUGCCCAGGAUGGCCAGGAAGCCACCGAGGCCCCUGUCAGCGAAACCCCCCUUGCUGACACCACAAACGAGAAGGAUACUGCCUCCAAGGCCGGUGAGGCCCGCGCCGCACGCCCCCAGAAGCAGCGCGGUCCUCCCGAGGAUGGCAUUCCUUCUAAGACUAAGGUCAUGGUUGCCAACCUGCCGUACGACUUGACUGAGGACAAGCUCAAGGAGAUCUUCGCCGCCUACGAGCCCGUCUCUGCCAAGGUUGCCCUGCGUCCCAUCCCCCGCUUCAUGAUCAAGAAGUUGCAGGCUCGCAACGAGCGCCGCAAGACCCGUGGCUUUGGCUUCGUCAACCUUGCCUCGGAGGAGCUCCAGGCCAAGGCUGUUAGCGAGAUGAACGGCAAGGACAUUGAUGGCCGCGUCAUCGCUGUGAAGGUUGCCAUCGACAGCCCCGGUAAGGAAGACGAUGAUAUUAACGCUGAGGCCGAGACGGAGGAGACUGCUGCUCCUGCUCCUGCCUCUGCUCCUGCUCCAGCUCAGGAGAACGAUGCUCCUGCUGUCACCACUGAGGUUUAAAUGCCCAACGCAUUCCACUCGACCGAAUGAGGUACUUGUUAAUUGGCUUUGGGGUCGAGAAACAGAAGGGGAGGACUCAACGGAGGAUCGUAUCGAUAUGAUCAUAGUGCUCUGCAAACCACAGAUCACCGUGAAUAUCCUAGCUACUCAACGAUGACGGGGGAGAUUGGGGAGAGCCUUGGAGGGGUUGGAUUCAUGACUUUUAUCGGACAACAUGGAUCAGUUGACCAUGCAGGAGAGCCAUCUUAGCUGAUGUGCUUUCCGUCCUUAACGACUUUCUUUUUUUUUUUUCUUCGCCUUCUGUAUUGUACCUUAGCACACAUUUACUAAAUGAUGACGAUCUGCCACCUGGCAUAUUGGAUUUAA